AUGUAGGUCAUCCACUCGAGGUAUAGAUUUAAGCGUUUCCUUUUUCAUAUAUUGCCAGUAGUAGGUACUAGUAGCAAAGCCUCACAGCUACACUUCGUUUCAGUAUACCCUAACUACAUUUUCGGGAGCGUUCAGAUCUCUACCUGGCUCAUGCGCAUCUACGUGGUCAUCGUGUUCGCGGAACGCAUCCCGGUGCCACAGCAGCGACCUUCUGCGGCAGGCCUGCUGAUAUAAGUCGUCACAUUAAUCAUCGAACUAUCAUUGCUGCACAGGCGAUUCGAGGCUGCAGGCAACGAUACUUGUACAGCAGUUAAGCACGCCCCCCUGUUUUCUACAGGAUCCAACCAUGGUGAAUAUGACAUUUUGGCCAGCUCUUGUGCUACUAAUAAUGACUUGGAAUGGUGUUGAAGGCCAGAAUGAUUCUUCAACUCUACCAACUGAAAAUCAAAACAAAGUGGAGGAAGUCAGGAAGAUGGUAAACGGAACUGAAUCGUUGGUUAUCUUACUUCGUACGAACUGGCCACCCAGAAGUAACAAUACGAGAUGCUGGAUGUCAAAGAAAAAUUAUACUGGUCUUGCGAUGCCUCAACACCAUUUAAGGUAUCAGCAGCAAGUCAAAAACACUCAAGAAACUGAAAACUGGCAACGAAGGACUUUAACUGCAUUGUAUAUAGCAGGUCUGCGAAGCAAUAUUGUUACGUUUGCUAUGUUUACUUACGAUAAGCAAAUGAAACUGCAGAGGGAAACAAUUGGUUAUUUUUUUAUUAUUUACGCCAAACGCCCCUGUUUUGUUCUGCAGAGCCAAGAAGAUACGUCAAGUUGUAUGGCCUGGGUAACGAGAAAAACUAUUACCGAAAAUCACGACGAUUGCAUCAAAUCAUUUAAUAGCACAUGUGUACAGGCUACGACAACUGUUCAUAAAUAUGCGAAAAGUAUCUGCAAAAAGUUGGAAAAAUGAGACUAGAAGAAAAAAAAACACGAAGAAAGGCUAUUCAUUCUUUGUAGAGCUACGGAGUUCUGAUGAUUGUGAAAUUUUUAGGCGGAAUCUAAGACAUAAUAAAUUUAAUGAUGUCUCUUUUUAUCCCCUUUGGGACA